UUACUUCACAAACGCGAAAUUCAGAUAUAAACUUAUUUCAUUAAGUAAAUAAAAUCACUUUACUUUGAUAAUUACGACUCAAGGACGUAUAACAAUUAUCACAUACCAUAUCCCUAAUAUCGCUCUACUAUUCAAAAGCCAAUUGCAUUCAUUCCUUUACACAUGAUUUGCCAAUUCUCGAUUCUUAUGCAUUUAAUUUUUUGCUCCCGAGGCGGCCUCCCAGGCUCGCGAAUCCAACAAGACAAAACCAUCCGACAGGUAUACCAAACUACCACCGAUUGACCCCCAAAUUCGAUCAUAUCACUCGGGAUUUUACCAUCAAGUCGGGCUUUAUUCGUUCGAUCGCCUCGCCAGGUUUUUCACCUCGGCUCACAUUCGCAAAAGCACGUGCUACCACCAGGUCUUUUAAUAAUUUCAUUUUAAAUACAAACGCCCAUUUAAUUAAUUUAAUACGCAUGCGCGCGACACCACAAACAUUCUGUUCCACAUUUCCAAUCGCGUUCCUCCACUCCGUCCUACUAAACACUCAGAAGGCCGUAUUCCGUGUACGUGAAAUAUCAGAAGCAAGUACACAGAAAGAAGUAACAGUUAAUGGGAUCUUAAGACCACUCGUAGGCAUUAUGGGCUCCAGUCAGCAAUUUUCCCUGCGAUGGAAUAACUACCUUAAGCACAUUACAUCUGCGUUUGACACAUUACGUUCAGAUGAAGAUCUUGUGGAUGUGACACUAAGCUGCGAGGGUAAAAGAAUUAGAGCACACAAAAUGCUGUUAUCGGCAUGUAGUACAUAUUUUCGAGAUUUGUUUAAGGAAAAUCCUUGUCAGCAUCCGGUUAUUAUAUUCAGAAAUGUAAAAUUUGAUGAUCUAGCUGCAUUAGUUGACUUUAUUUAUCAAGGAGAAGUUAAUGUCGUUCAAGAACAAUUGGACAGUUUCAUGACAACCGCUGAACUAUUAGCAGUGCAAGGACUCACCGAUGGUUCAAGAAAAGAUGACAACUUAGCAGAUGAUGAUGUGGAAAUUCCCAGUGAACCGGAAGUACAAUUAAGGAAUGUAGCCGGAAGAGUAAUAACAAACAACAGGGGAAAUAAGUCACCUUGUUCGCCAUUACCAUAUCACUCGAUAGAUACACAAAAAUCUGAAGCACCACCAAAUAAAAGAAGAAAAUGUCGGGAAAAUUCAAAUACACACUCGGAAAAGUCGUACAGGCAUACUUUUUCUCCUAAAAACGCCGACAAUGCCAAAUCAGAUAGUCAAACAGCAUCUGAUCCAGUUGAAAUAAUUCCUUUAAUGCCAAAUUUGAAAUCGGAAAUGCCUGAAUAUUUAGAACAAGAUGGGAGUAGUUGUAGUUACGAAGAACAAGCCGCAGGUGAUAAUUCUAAUAAAUUAGAUGAUAAUCCAGAUAUAUUGGAAAAUGAUCAGAAGCCAGAUAUUACGCAAACCUUUUACUCAAACCAAUCUUCAACCGAUACUUUAGAUGCAUCUAAGUCAUCAGAUAUAGGUUAUUUACUUUCCAAGCCCGGUACAAGUUUUGGGGAAAGGAUAUUACACGAAUCGAUUCAAGAUUCUCGUACAGUGGUCAUCGAACAUCCGUCGCAUUCUUGCAAACUUUGUGGUAAAUCGUUUUGGAACCGAGAUUCCAUGUAUAAGCACAUGAAUAUGCAUAAAGGAACGACCCAGUGCCCCGUGUGCCACAAAGUCCUGAGCCGCACGACGCACAUGAAGCGUCACUUGAAAAAUCGCCACGGUUGGCUGGGCAUAGGAUCGACAACAGAUGCGGCGACAGCCACGGCGACAUCCAUACGCACCUCGUCCGGGGCGAACCUGUCCACGAGCGCCUCGCAGAGCAGCUCGGCGGCAGCGGCGGCAGCGGCGGCGGCAGCGGCAGCAAACCUCGAUUCCAAUGCCACGACAUUCACUACUAUACGCAUUAGAGAGAGCAGCGUCGAGAGAAUCACUUCUAGUCCUAUUCCUUAGUGUAUUCGUGGCAAUGUAAUGACGAAGAGGACGACGGGAAUCGAGGAGAACAAUGACGAGUACAUCGAC